GGGACGUGGGCGCCAGGCAGAGUUGUUCCGACCCUGGUCCCGGAGACGUGAGGAGGUGAGGCGAGGGCGGCCUCCGAGGGGCCGGCGGGCGUACGGGCGGCGCGGAGCCGCGGGCCGUGCCGGGGGUGUCGGCGCCGGGGAGUGGUCAGAGUAUUAGACCAAAUGGCCUGAAGAUUUCAUAGAUUAAAACUAUUGGAGCAUCUUUUUAUAUUUGAAGUUUUGACUGUGGCUUUAAAAUGUAGCAACAGACUUGGGAACCAAUUAGGUGGAUGUGAGAAGAGAAGUUUUGAACUGAAAUGGAGGUCAGAGCUUCAUUACAGAAGGUUACUGGGUCAUCGGAUCCUGUGGCUACACAAAACAGCGAAGAAUUUGUUUUGGUUUCUCAACAUGCAGAUGAUACAUCUACAAGAGAUGAUGAAAAACCUCAACUGAAGAUUAUUUCUAAUGGUGAUGAACAAUUGGAAAAAGCCAUGGAAGAGAUUUUAAGAGAUUCUGAGAAAGGGCAAAGCAGUCUUGUUGAUUGCCAAGAUUGCAGUGAGAUUUCAGACCGUUCACUUGGAAAUGUUUCAGUCAGCCAAACAAAUAAGCCACCUCUUCAUUUAAUUUUGGAUCCAUCGAAUAUUGAAAUGUCUACACCUAGACCAUCUUCUCCAAGUGAAUUACCUGAAGAAGAUAGCGUUUUAUUUAACAAACUGACCUACUUAGGGUGUAUGAAGGUUUCUUCCCCACGUAAUGAAGUGGAGGCCUUACGGGCAAUGGCAACUAUGAAAUCUUCCAGUCAGUACCCCUUUCCUGUUACUUUGUAUGUGCCAAAUGUUCCAGAAGGUUCUGUGAGAAUCAUAGACCAAUCCAACAAUAUGGAGAUAGCUUCUUUCCCAAUCUAUAAAGUGUUAUUCUGUGCACGUGGACAUGAUGGGACAGCAGAGAGCAACUGCUUUGCAUUUACAGAGAGUUCCCAUGGAUCAGAAGAUUUUCAGAUACAUGUUUUCACCUGUGAAAUUAAAGAGGCAGUAAGCAGAAUUUUAUAUAGUUUCUCUACAGCAUUCAAACGUUCUUCUAGACAAGUGUCUGAUGUUAAAGACUCAAUUAUUCCUGCCCCCGACAGUGAUGUAUUUACCUUCAGUGUCUCCUUGGAGGUGAAAGAAGAUGAUGGAAAAGGAAACUUUAGUCCUGUACCUAAGGAUAGAGAUAAAUUUUAUUUCAAAAUAAAACAAGGAAUAGAGAAGAAGGUUGUGAUUACAGUGAGGCAACUUUCUAACAAAGAAUUAGCUAUUGAAAGAUGUUUUGGAAUGUUAUUAAGCCCAGGUCGAAACGUGAAGAACAGUGACAUGCAUUUACUGGAUAUGGAAUCCAUGGGAAAGAGCUAUGAUGGCAGAGCUUAUGUUAUCACUGGCAUGUGGAAUCCCAAUGUACCAAUAUUUUUGGCACUUAAUGAAGAAACCCCCAAAGAUAAACGCGUGUACAUGACUGUGGCAGUGGAUAUGGUAGUCACUGAGGUGGUGGAGCCUGUUCGCUUUCUCCUGGAAACAGUAGUACGCGUGUACCCUGCAAAUGAGCGAUUUUGGUAUUUCAGCAGAAAGACUUUUACAGAGACUUUCUUCAUGAGGUUGAAACAGUCCGAGGGAAAAUGCCAUAGCAAUGCUGGAGAUGCAAUAUACGAAGUGGUGAGUCUGCAGCGAGAGUCUGAGAAGGAGGAGCCAAUCACUCCUACUAGUGGAGGGGGUCCAUUGUCACCCCAGGAGGAUGAAGCAGAAGAGGAGAGUGAUAAUGAACUCUCAAGUGGAACAGGAGAUGUAUCUAAGGAUUGUCCUGAGAAAAUCCUGUAUUCCUGGGGAGAAUUGCUAGGAAGAUGGCACAGUAACCUUGGUGCACGACCAAAAGGGCUGUCCACUCUGGUGAAGAGUGGCGUUCCCGAAGCAUUGAGGGCAGAGGUGUGGCAGCUGUUAGCUGGCUGCCAUGACAACCAGGCGAUGCUGGAGAGAUACCGACUUCUUAUCACCAAGGACUCAGCCCAGGAGAGUGUUAUUACUCGAGAUAUCCAUCGUACAUUUCCUGCACAUGAUUACUUUAAAGAUACUGGAGGAGAUGGCCAGGAAUCACUUUACAAGAUCUGCAAAGCCUACUCUGUCUACGAUGAGGACAUUGGGUACUGCCAAGGACAGUCUUUUCUUGCUGCUGUAUUGCUGCUGCAUAUGCCAGAGGAACAAGCAUUCUGUGUUUUGGUGAAAAUCAUGUAUGACUAUGGUUUACGAGACCUCUACAAAAACAACUUUGAAGAUCUUCAUUGCAAAUUCUAUCAGUUGGAGAGACUAAUGCAGGAGCAGUUACCGGACCUGCACAACCAUUUUUGUGAUCUGAACCUGGAAGCUCAUAUGUAUGCAUCGCAGUGGUUUCUUACUCUUUUCACUGCCAAGUUCCCACUCUGCAUGGUCUUCCACAUCAUUGACUUACUGCUUUGUGAGGGUUUGAACAUAAUCUUUCAUGUAGCCUUGGCUCUCCUAAAGACCUCAAAGGAAGAUCUUCUGCAGGCUGAUUUUGAAGGUGCUUUAAAGUUUUUCAGAGUUCAGCUUCCAAAGAGAUACAGGGCAGAGGAAAAUGCAAGAAGAUUGAUGGAGCAAGCUUGCAACAUUAAGGUACCAACCAAGAAGUUGAAGAAAUAUGAGAAAGAAUAUCAGACCAUGCGGGAGAGCCAGCUGCAGCAGGAAGACCCAAUGGACAGAUACAAGAGGGAGAACCGCAGAUUACAGGAGGCCAGCAUGAGGUUAGAACAAGAGAAUGAUGACCUCGCCCACGAACUCGUAACCAGCAAAAUUGCUCUGCGGAAUGACUUGGAUCAGGCAGAAGACAAGGCAGAUGUGUUGAAUAAGGAGCUUCUCUUGACCAAACAGAGGCUGGUGGAAACUGAGGAAGAGAAGAGGAAGCAAGAGGGAGAGACUGCCCAGCUAAAAGAAGUCUUUAGGAAACAGCUAGAAAAGGCAGAAUAUGAAAUAAAGAAGACCACAGCUAUCAUUGCUGAGUAUAAACAGAUCUGUUCCCAGUUAAGUACCAGACUGGAGAAACAGCAGGCAUCCAGCAAGGAGGAGCUGGAAGUGGUAAAGGGUAAAAUGAUGGCAUGUAAACAUUGCAGUGACAUUUUCAGCAAGGAGGGCACUUUGAAACUAGCAGCCACAAGCAGAGAGGACCAGGGACUCGAACUGGAUGACGAGAAGGACUCACUCAAGAAGCAGCUGAGGGAGAUGGAGCUGGAAUUGGCACAAACCAAACUGCAGCUGGUGGAGGCCAAGUGUAAGAUCCAGGAACUUGAACAUCAGAGAGGAGCCCUUAUGAAUGAAAUCCAAGCUGCCAAAAACUCUUGGUUUAGCAAAACCCUGAACUCUAUCAAAACGGCCACGGGCACCCAGCCACUGCAGCUGCCACAGGUGACCCAGCCACCCAAGGAGAGCACAUAGUUCUCGCCGCACCCAAGCACAGCAGUCAGAGCGACAGAAACCCAGCAGGCUUCUCCCUGGUGUCCCCUGUGAAGGAAAAUAAAGCAGGCCAGAAAACAAGCCAGAAUCUUUGCAUAGCUCUCACUCUUUCUUGUACGACACUUUUCAAAGGGAUGUUAUUUAAACUGAUCUGUGUUGAAUACCCGUUUCAAGCUUCUUCAUGGAAGGCUGUGUUCAGAUCCAUCAUGGUAUUAUAUUAUUUUAUAUGCCUGAUGUUUAGUUGAAAAUAAGUUAUUUAGAACCAAAUGCUUUUUAUUUAGAACUAAUUAUUCAUAAUUAUUUUUAUCAUACAUAAAAAUGGAGAUGUCUUCUAUUCCAAGGUUAAAGUGACAGGAAGAUAUUUGUCACAGAAAAAAAAAGACUGAAACCUAAACUUCUUAACUUUUCAGGAUUCAUUCUGAUAAAGCACACUGUGGGGCCAGUCAUGACCACUAUUAGGUUUCCUCCUGAAACUGAUUCCCUGGAUAGUGAUAAUCAGGUCACAGGAAAGAACAGACCUGGGACUGAGCAGUCUCCCAAGAUAAUUAGUUUAUUUUCAUUUUCCAUUGGGUACAUCUGGAAAUGAAAUACCAAGAAUCAUGGAAUAAGAUAGGCUGUUGAUAAAAGGAACUAGAUUUUAAUAAACACAGGAUAAAAUAAGUCAUUUUAGCCCUGGAAUUCUAACACAUUCUUUUAAGAACUCUGCCUGGUAAUUGCAAUCUCCUUUAGUAUGAACACAGUUGUGACUUCUGGCAAAACCUAAAGUCAAAAGUGGAUAUUCCAAGUUGCAGUGUUAGGGAACCUUCACCAGGGAAGCCUAGCAAGGCCCAGGUUCAGCCGUUGUGCUUAGACUGGAAUACAGAACCAGGGACAGGGUAUUUCAUUGAAUGUUGACAUAUACUUGCUCAAGGAAACACUAAUAUACUGUACCUUUGUUAAAGUUAUGAAAUAGGAACUAGAUAGAAGUCAGCUUCACAUCAUCUUAAUAUACUGUUAGGCAACUUUUCCUGAUUUCUGUAGCUCCCUAAAAAUGUGUCCUUGGUCCCUCUAAGGUGAAAAGAGGCAAAUGCAUUUGUAACAUUUUUGAUUGACUAUGAAAUCUUUAUAGAAAUACCUAUCUCAUGGAAAGGUAAAGCUGUUGUUUAAAAGUUGAUGGAAAUAUUUUUUUCAAUUAUAGUUAACAUGUCUAUAUAAAUAGUCCUUGCAGGGAAUCCUCUGGUAAGGGCAAAUCGAAUUUUUCCAUUUUCUAAGCUCUUUUGGAGGCCUUUGGUCCUUUGAUGCCUACCAAACUACUGUCUGCUAUGUACAGUAACAUUUAUUGUGAAUCUCAUCCUUGGCUUCAUUGUUGAACAUAUUAUUUGCAAAGGAUCUUAAACUCUGUAGUGCCAUUGUGAUUCUCAUCUGUGCCAUAUGUUGCAAUUAAAAGUAACACACUCUUGCAAGUAAAAAUAAGAGCCGCCUCAAAUCCAGGAGCCUGCACUACAAGUUGCUCAUGGUGGAUCCUUCCCUCUCUAAAAAGUGAAGCCCCCUGCAUUGGUAAGUGUUCAUAUCAUUACAGCUCAUAAAACUGAUGGGGUUUUUUCUUAUCCUUUGUUACACUCAUCAAAUAAUACUUUCUUACAGAAUUCGCUUUUUUGUUGUUAUUCUGAUACCUUUCAUCAUAAUAUUCAUUUCCUUUUACUAAAAAAGGAAAAUAAUCCAGCAUUCCAAGGGUCUCUGUUAAUGUAAAGAUUCCCUACAUAGUGGUUUAGUAAAGCAAAUAUAUAUAUGAUAUAUAUCAUAUAUAUAUUAGUAUAAUGGCUAGAAAAUUGCAUUGGUACUUGUUUGUAUAAAUCAUUUAGUAUAAUUUGUUGGCUUUACUGGUACUUUAUGCUUUGAUUUCAAGAAGCCUUGUACAAGUUGCCUUAUCAAACGGCCAGCUAAAUUAAAAAUGUUCUUUUAUAUUUUGUGCAUCUCACAGUUCUAUUGUACAGAUCUCUUUUUAACUUUCAAAAAUCAGCACAUUCCACAGUAGGCCUAACUUGCAUAAUUUUCCUUAAAUGGUGGUUUAGGGAGAAGUAGAAAGGCUUUGGGUCCAGUGCUUACCUGUUAACCUCGCUCAGUUUCAUAGCCCCUUGUAUUUUUUCCUCUAAACAAAAUCAUCAGGUAUGAUGUAUUGAAAACUCAUACAUUCCAAAUAUUUAAUAAAUCUGUCCUUUGCAUGUUCUUUAAAUUAUUUCAAAAGAUCAUAAUUGCAAUCUAUAGAUUUUUUUUUCUUUUCCAGUUCCAUAUCAUACUUGGGUAUGUGUAUUGGUACCAUACCUCCAAACUGUUCCUCACUGCAUUGCCUUUAGGUCAGUAGCAAUAGUAAAAGAUGGAAAACAAAAUUCAAAAUCCAAACCACCUGUCCUUCAUCCUUUAUUAUUUGAAAACUCAUGCAUCUCAGCAUUACGUAACUGCUAGUUCUGAUUUUUAAAUAUUAUUUUGAAGUACAUUGGAGAAUUGCUAUUCUUCUCUUGAAUUUCUUUUAGAUUAUCCAGAAUUUCUUUUAGAUUAUCCAGCCCAAAUAUCCAGAAAAUUUUCAAUAUUCUAGAGGGUUUUUCACAUUUUCCUAGGAUACACUGUAUAAAACAUUCCACCAAACAUUCAACAUUUUACAGUAUUCUGAAAAAUGAUGAUUUCUCUAUUCAUUAAAUUCUACAGAAUAAAUUAAGGGAGUGAAUUUCAACUUUGUAAUUCAGUUCAUUAGCUUUUGUAUCUUUAGAAUCUUGUUUAACACAUUCUUUAAAGCUAAAAGAAACCAAGCUGAAUUUUGCAGUGCAUAUGUUUGCUAGCUUCCCACAUCCUGAGCCAUGGCACAAAUUCAGUUAUAUUUAGUUACAUGUAAUUUAAUGCAAAGAAAUUCUCUGUUAUCUAAUGUUCUGUAUAGGAGUGCCUAUCAGAAACACUAAUAAGAAUGUCAUAUAGGCCUAUGACCUACCUUUACAUAUAAUGAAAAUCUUUCUUCCCCUCUCCUAGCUAUUAAGUUAGCAGUUUCUUUUUCAUUGGUGUUCUUAAAUUUCUGUAAAGUAGAAAAGCAGUUUUGUACUGAUGUUGGGAUAUUAAUAGUAUUUAUCUUGUUUCAAUUUUUUCAAAAUUUUCAUUCUUUUAUACUAUGUAUUAAUACUUAUUUUUCUCAAACCCCUGUUGCAAAGCCCUUAAAGUAAAAAAAAAAAGAGAAAACACAGUUUAGGGCACAAGAGAUGAAAGCUUCUUCAAGGAGGUGAAAAGUUACUGAGAUGAGAAUAACAUGUGCAACUCAUGUAAGGGACUGAGUUUUUUUUCUUUAGCUGAAAUCAGUCUAGUAACUAUUCUGCUAAGGUGGCUGUCUGAUUUCAGGGCCCCUUUAAAGGAAAAAGCAAAUACCUUGUUUGUUUGGUCUCUCUGGGAAAGAACACUUUUAAUUACUUAACAAGAUGAUCACUCUUUUAAAAAAACACUCCAAAACAGCUCUGAAUUUCUUGCUUGGAUUACAAGUAAAUGAGAGAAUGGACAGACUCUGUUGUUUUAAAUAUUGUGUGUGUGUGUGUGUGUGUGUGUGUGUGUGGUGUAUGUGUGUUAGGGAAUAUGUGUGUGAGAGUGAUGGGUGGAAUUUUAUAUAGAGUAUGCCCUCCCUGCCUCUUGAAUACCCAGGGACUAUGUAACUGAACUCACACUGGUGAUAAAUACAGAAGGCCAGACAACAGCUCAGUGGCCUGUUUCCUACAAUCAGAUACAAACAUCCUUCCUCUCUCACAGGGGCUUCCAAAUAAUACAGGCAAUGCCCUUUACCAUAGGAAUUCCCUUGUUUUUCAGAAACUGUCAAAAUGAAAACUUUGGUGUGUGCUGCACCUCAAUAGGUUGGUGGCAACCUUGAGCUGUAACGAGAAAGGAGGAUGAGCAGGAGGACCUUAGUGACGGCAGUCAGGUCCCUUCUCAGUUUUCAUCUAAAUGAUUACAUGCAAGCUUAUCUCCAAACAGAUUUGCUCCCUGCUAUAAAACAUCUUCAACCUGUUCCAUUCUCUCCACCACCAUCCCUGGUUUAUAAUUAGUGGUAUUCUGAAAACAGAAUCAUUGAGUAGAAAAUUUUAAGUUACUUCUCUUUUUCAUUGGCAAUAUGUUAAUAUGUAAAACCUUUUCCAUUAAAAUGUAACUUUUAAUAACUAUAUAUUAUAUAUGGAAUAAAAUAUAAGAAAUUGAAUUAUAAGUAUAUAAAUGCAUUAAGACUCUGGUGUCAUGAAAGCACAGGCUAGAGAUGGUCCCAGAAUCUAAGAUGCCCCAAUAGCCUUUGGCAUCAGUUUUGUAUUUUGGUGUUUUGCGUUAACACAUGGAUCUUUAGUCCACAUGAGAGAGUUUCUCAGUCAGCCCCAUGUGCUUUCUUUCAGCUCCUACCUUUCCCUUGCUGAGGAGGUGGUAGAAAUUUUGCACCAUCUAUAUUUAUGAAUUCCAUGAUUUUGCCCACAGCUUCUCUAAUGAAAACAGGUUCUAGAAUAAAGGAAUUGAUUAGCCCAAGCAGCACUGACUACAAAAGAAAUAUCAGCUAGCAGCCUCUCUCCUCUAUAAACACUGACCAAUUAGGUGUUUCCAUACUCUCAUGUCUUAUGUAUAGUACACUAUAAAUGUAAAUGUAAUGCUUGUUAAGAAAAGUGCAAUUUAUUGUACAUUGUCCCCACAAAUGUUUACUUUUAUAAUCGUUAUGAACUUGAAUUGGAUUAAUAUCUUGUUUUCAUGUGUGAAUGAAGCCUUGUGAAAUAAACAAAUUCAGCCAAGAAGGUAACAAAGUGAGUGCUUUUGUAAGUCAGUGAUGUUUUUAGUCCUUUGUGUUGCCCCUUUGGCCCCAUUAAGCAGUAAUAAACAUUUGUUCUGA